UUUACAUCCCAUUCUCGUCGGCCCUAGGGAUGGGUCGCUCCUCUCACCCGUGAACCUUGCCUCGCCGCAUCUCAUCACCUGCUAUGCUCACCCCCGGCUUGCGCACACCUCGGCCGACCUCCUCCCUUCCUCGUCACAUCGGCGAGCCGUAGGUUUCCAAAACUUACGUACGCGAUGCCCUAGCAACAGCCUUCCACUUCUAGCGCUCGCGUCCCUGCCUGCUAGCCCCCGCCGGCGAGCCCCAUUCGGCGACCGGAUCUCCGCCCUAGCAAUCGCUGUUCACUGCUUUUUUCCCUCCUCCACCGAACGAGAGCUCCCGCCGGCAGCCAACCUAGGUAUCGCCGUCGACUUCUUGCUCCCGUCUCCGUUAUCGCCAGCAUUUUGUAAGACAGUGCUGGAAUAUGGGAACACUGAAUUCUUUAUGGCUGCUUACAAGGAAGUCUGUGACAGGUGCACUGUUUGGCAUCACAAUAUCAGAUAGAUAUCUGACUGUUUCUCCUGUUCGAGGUAACUCUAUGCAUCCUACAUUUGCCUCAAGUUCCACCAAUUUUCCUGGGUAUUUAAAAGGUGAUCUUGUACUAAUAGAAAGAUUCUGCUUACAUGACUUCAAGUUUUCCCAUGGAGAUGUUGUGAUUUUUCAAUCUCCAAGCAAUCACAAGCAAAUAUAUGUCAAAAGAUUGAUAGCUUUGCCUGGUGAAUGGAUUCGUGUUUCCUCUGAUAUGGUGAAAAUUCCUGAUGGACAUUGCUGGGUUGAGGGAGACAAUUCCUCUUCAAGUUUGGAUUCAAGAUCUUUUGGACCUAUCCCUUUGGGGCUAAUUAGAGGGAGAGUGACCCAUAUCAUCUGGCCUCCCCAAAGACUAGGCAAAGUAGAGAGAAAGUCGAUGCCAGGAAGAAUUUAUCAAGACUGAAAUGCUUCA